AUGACAGAGGUCGGCUUGGCUACUUCAGCAGAUCAAAUAGAUGCCAUCAUUGCCAAUGCCUCAGUUCCGUUCCACUACGUAUCAUUCUUCACCAGAACACUAUGGUACGGUCUGUGGCUAAUACUAGUAUUGGUCAACUAUGUGUUGGUAGUUUUGCCAAAACACCUUGUUAACAUGCUUCAGAAGCAGUUUCUGGUGACGCUAUCGCUUCUGCUGAUUCUCAUCUACUUGACAAUCACUGCCUCGUUCUCGUACUACUUGGUCAGACACAAGUAUCUCACUCGAUAUUCGGCAGACACGGCUCCUCCAACUUUGGAUAAAUCCAAGCUGAAAUUCGACUUAGCACUUGACUAUGACGCUGGUACACGCAAGAAGAGGGGUGCUGAUCGUACCAAGAACUAUUUGGAUGAGUUUCUCAGUGCGAUUAAAGUAUUUGGGUACUUGGAAAGACCAGUUUUCCAUGAGCUUACCAAGAACAUGACCACUCAGAAACUCUCAGCCGGUGAGAUUCUUUAUCUCGACGAGCACUUGGGGUUUUCUAUAGUAGUGGAAGGUACUGUCCAGGUUUACAUCAAGAUGAAAGAUCGGCCCUCUUCUAAAGUGGAGUUCGACGGCACUGAAAUGGAUGACACACUCCACAUAGGCGACCAACAGUACCAGCUACUCAAUGAGGUGAAGAGUGGAGCAGCACUAUCGUCACUAUUGAGUGCUUUGGACCUCUUCCGUUCAAGAUUCUCUGGUCUUAGCUCGCCAAAAUUUAGUCCUGGAAACGGCGAGACACAGCUGCCUCUGCCCUUUAAACAGAGGAGCACUACAUUGUACAAACGCACCAAUGGAUCUGCUCAAAUCGAUCCUUUGAGUUUGAAUCACGAAGUUGAUUCUGCAAAGCACGAUUUAGCAAAUUUACUCAAUAGCAACUAUGCACCUUCUCCGUCUCUAGGUGCAACGUUUCCUACUGAAGAGUCCGCCAUUGCUACUCCAGACAAUGAAACAAACAUCCCACUCCUUGACUCAGCAUCCGUUUACCUUCCCGAAAUUGUUGCUCGUGCAAAACCAGAUAAACAUGGACGUACUACUGCGACCAUUGCCAUCAUCCCUGGUCUGGCAUUCCAGCGUGUUCAGUCAAAAUACCCGAAGGCAACAUCACAUAUCGUUACUAUGGUACUCACAAGGUUAUAUAAGGUGACUAUGAACACUGUCCAUAACUACUUGGGUCUCACCACCGAGCUUGUCGAAAGUGAGAUUACGCUUAAUCAGAACAGCGAAGCUUUCAAGCUCCCUGGAUACCUAUAUGACAGCGUUAAAGAAAGUAUGAGAAAGGUGCGAGGAAAAUCUUCUAGACCUGAUCAAAGUAGCCAAGUUGAUAUAUUAUCCAAACCGACCAGAAGACCACAGAGAAUGAACAGAGAAAAUUCUUCCCGCUAUGUUGCACUUGCCUCUCGUUCCAAGCCUACACAUCCAGGAGACUUGUUAUCAUCGGUACCAUUGUCUAGAAGAGCUGAUUAUGCAUCAAUGCAAGUUUCCGCGCACGAUGAAGAGAGCCCCAACAGUGAAGCAAUAGCUGCUCGCAAAUUUCUCAGUAGACAAAAGCAUAGCUUUACGACAUUGCAGUCAAGACUGGAUGGACAGGAGAAUAUUCGUGAUCGGUCCUUCUCAGAUGAAUUGGAGGAAACUGAAGAAUCUGCCCUACGUAUUGCGAUUGUGGAGAAUUUCUUCAAGUUGCUCGGUAUUGAAGAUAAUGCAAGGAACUUGAAUGGCUUGGCUAUGCUAAGUGGCCAAUUCACGCCCAGUUCAUCUCUUGUUGGCUUGUCAACAUUGAUGAAUGACAACUCUAUCCCAAUCAGUGGAGAGAGAUACGUUUAUGACGCCGUUCCCGAUGAAAUGCGAUUUGGGUCUUAUCCUAGUUUAGGAGGACGGAGCUCAUUUGGAAAUUCACGUAAAGUUUACAACACAAUCCACCAAACCUUACAACUUGACCCACCUGCUCCUGGCGGUCCUCUCAAUUCCAAACCGAGUUCAGGUUCAGCAAAUACUCCAGAUUUUACUACUAUAAAGAACAGUUUCAGCAAGUAUGUUCAAGUCAAAUACUACCCACCGAACUCGACAUUAGUUGCUCAAGACUCUACCGAUACUGGACUCUACUAUGUGAUCGAUGGUAGCUUGGAUGUUUCAUUCUCGGCAAUACAGGGUCCGGAAGAUUCAAGAAAGUCGAAUGUUACCAAGAAAUUAUAUACCGUGAACUCUGGAGGUUUAGCCGGGUACCUUAGUUGUAUCGUUGGCUUCAAGUCCAUCGUAUCCAUAACGUCAUCGAAAGAAGCUGGAUGCAUUGUUGGAUACAUAUCCAAAAGCGACUUUACUAGGUUCAUGGACAAAUUCUACUUUUUGCAACUUCCUGUCGCCUCAAAGUUGAAAAGUUUGUUGCCUCAGUUGAUCCGAACAAUCGACUUUGCUCUCGAAUGGUGUCAUAUACCCGCAGGCGGAGUGUUGUGCUCUCAAGGCGAUUUGGCAAAUGGAUUCCACAUUGUCUUGAGCGGUAGAUUCAGGGUUGUGAGGUACAAAAGAAAACAGCCCUAUGAUAGUUCGUCUCUAAGUAAUCUUAUUGAUGAUUCUAAUUCUCCUAAAUCAGAUGAUUCGAAAGAGUACGAAAUCUUAGGGGAAUACGGCCAUGGUCAGUCCAUUGGUGAAGUGGAAGUGUUGACAGCAUCUAGAAGAACAAAUUCCUUGAUUGCCGUUAGAGAUUCGGAAACAGCAAGAAUACCCAGAACCUUGUUUGAGAUGCUUAUUUUUCAGAAUCCAUCAAUCAUGGUAGAGGUAUCGAGAAUUGUUGCCCAGAGAGCAGUGGAAAGUCAGGAAAGCGAACGUUAUGCAAACGCAGCGGCAACAUUAACGUCUUCUAGAACCGCUGAUAUCAAUAGCGAUUACAAAACAAUCACUAUUCUUCCUAGUGUCAAUGGGUUGCCCGUGAGAGAAUUCGGAGAAAACUUGGUGAAGGCUCUAAAAGAUAUUGGAAGAAGUGUCAUUGCAUUGGAUCAGGCAACUUCAUUAACUCACCUUGGAAGAAAUGCGUUUGAUGAUAGGCUUGCUAGAUUAAAGCUCUCAGGCUUUUUUGCAUAUAUGGAAGAAAAGUACGAAACAGUGGUUUAUAUCUGCGAUACACCAUUGAAAUCAAACUGGACUUCUACCUGUAUCUCUCAAGGUGAUUGCAUUUUGUUAUUGGCAGAUGCUGAAGAUGAUGAAUGUGCAACUUCAGUCGGCGAGUUCGAACGUUUACUUAUCAAGUCCCGUACAACAGCAAGAACUGAUUUAUGUUUGAUACAUCCUGAAAAGUCCGUUCAUCCGGGUUCAACUAGUAUUUGGUUAAAAAACAGAAUUUGGGUACAUGGCCACCACCACAUCCAAAUGGAAAUCCCCAAAGAUGAAGCAAUCAAGAACUCCAAAAAGAAGACGAAUAUCCUAGCAGAGAUUGCUAUGAGGUUAGCAAGUAAAGCCAAUCCAAAUAUCAAAAUGAAGUUUGAAAGUGUGAGGUCUAGAGCUGUCAAUUCUUUGAUCAGACUCAACGCCAAAGUGAACAGAUCAGAAUCUGUCCCUAUGGUGUACAAGAACGACUUUUUGAGAUUGGCUCGACUUUUAUCCAACGAGGGUGUAGGCCUCGUUCUUGGCGGAGGUGGAUCGCGUGGUAUAUCGCAUGUUGGAGUCGUGACAGCACUAGAGAAGCAUGGAAUCCCCGUGGAUCUUGUUGGUGGAACUUCCAUUGGAUCAUUUGUUGGUGGUCUAUACGCUAGAGAACACAACAUCGUUACAAUUUACGGAAAGACUAAGAUUUUUUCAAGAAGAAUUGGAUCUCUCUGGAGAUCAAUUUUUGAUCUAACUUAUCCUGUUACCUCGUAUAUCACAGGCUAUGAAUUCAAUCGGGGUAUAUGGAAACUGUUCGGUUACACCGAGAUCGAGGAUUUUUGGCUUAAGUACUUUUGCAACUCCACGAAUAUCACAAACUCGACAAUGGAAAUCCAUGAGACGGGUUACGCAUGGAGGUUUAUCAGAGCGUCGAUGUCGUUGGCUGGCUUACUUCCCCCUAUCACAUUCAAGGGAAGCAUGUUAUUGGAUGGAGGCUAUUUGGAUAAUCUUCCAGUUCUUGAAAUGAAAAACCGUGGCGCCAAAUAUAUCAUAGCUGUUGAUGUCGGAUCUGUCGAUGACAGAACUCCAAUGAACUAUGGUGACACACUAUCUGGAUUUUGGGUCCUAUUCAACAGGAUAAAUCCAUUUUCAAAACAUCCAAACCCACCAAAUAUGAUGGAUAUUCAACUAAGAUUAGCAUAUGUUGCAAGUGUAAAUGCACUUGCUCUAGCGAAGAGGACACCCGGUGUUAUUUAUCUCCGCCCUCCGAUCGAUGACUACGCAACUCUCGAUUUCCUCAAGUUCGACGAAAUUUUCAAUGUUGGAUUGGCAUACGCUGAUGAACUUUUGACUAAAUGGGAGACCGAAGAUAAAUUGCCAAAAAUCGCUGGAAUGGAUGGCUUGCAUCUGCAACGAGGAACCAGCAGAAAGAAAAUACACCGCAGAAACUCCAUAUAA